AUGGAAUAUCUUGAAAAAUUAAAAGUUUACGGUGAUCAAGUUAAAAAUGUCGUUGUUAAAUCUAUGGUUGAUACAGCUCAUGGUGGUCAAAAAAUGCUUAAAGAUGUUUUACCAGGAAAUUUAGUGACACGUGAAUAUGAAUUAAUACGACCACUUGGUUCUGCUGGACCCGGUCUUCUUUGGCGUAUUUAUGGAGCAAUUAAACGUUCAACUAGACAGAAAGCAGCUGUAUUUGUUUUGGAAAAACGUUUAUUAGAUAAAUAUGCAAAAAAAGAUCGUGAUUUAAUACUUGAUGCAAUGAGAAAAGGUGUACAUCAAUUAGCAAAAAUUAAACAUCCACGUGUUUUAAGUCUUCAACAUCCUCUUGAGGAAUCAAGAGAUAGUCUGGCAUUUGCAACAGAAUCAUGUUAUGGUAGUCUUGCUAAUUGUCUUGGAUUUCAUGAUAAUAUAUCUCAACCAAUGUUGAAAGAAUUUGAAGAUUAUAAAUUAUUUGAUGUUGAAAUUCGUUAUGGAAUUGUUCAGCUUUGUGAAGGUUUAACAUUUUUACAUAAUGAAGUUAAAUUAUUUCAUCGUAAUCUUUGUCCAGAAUCUAUAAUAAUUAAUUCUAAUGGCGCUUGGAAAUUAUCUGGAUUUGAAUUAUGUAUUCAAGGUUCAGCUGAUGGAACAAAUUAUCCAUUUCGAGAAUAUGAUGGAAAUAUUCCUCCAAUUAUAAAUCCACCACUUGAUUACAUGGCACCGGAAUAUCAAACAACGAAAUCUUAUGAUACUCAAUCUGAUAUGUUUGCACUAGGUAUGAUUAUAUAUGCAUUAUAUAAUCAUGGUAAAACAUUAUACGAAUGUCAUGAUAAUUAUUCAACGUUUAUAAAAAUGUCCGAUGAUCUUAAAGCAAUGAAUACAACGAAACUAUCUAUAUUACCAGCUGAAGUUCGUGAUCAUGUCAAGAUGUUACUUAGUCCAAAACCAGAAUUACGACCCGAUGCUGGACAAUUUUCUAAAGUACCUUUUUUUCAAGAUGUAGGAACAAAAACUUUAGAAUAUCUUGAUUCAUUAUUUCAAGUCGAUAAUAUUCAACGUUCUAUGUUUUAUAAAAGCCUUCCACAAGUUAUUGAUAAAUUACCUAUGCGUGUUAAUUUACAACGUAUUGCAUCGGCACUUGAAUUAGAAUUUAUUAAUCCUGAAAUGAUUCCAUUCGUUCUUCCAAAUAUGUUUCUUAUUGCUGAAAAAGCAAGUAAUGAAGAAUAUCAAGGAUAUAUUUUUCCGAAACUUAAACAAGUUUUUAAAAUUCAAAAACCUCCUGCAGGAAGUGGUGCAUCAGGUUGUAUUAUGCAGACACUUCUUAUUCUAAUGCGUAAUAUGAAUUUAAUGUUAACAAAAACACCACCGGAAGAUAUAAAACAACAUAUUCUACCUGUUGUUUAUAAUGCAUUAGAUGCUGAAUCAUCACAAGUUCAAGAACUUUGUCUAGCAAUUAUUCCAUCAUUUGCACAUUUAAUUGAUUUACAAGCAAUGAAAUAUUGUAUAUUACCACGUAUAAAAAAGAUCUGUUUUGAAACAAUAACAUUAAGUGUUCGUGUUAAUUGUUUAAUAUGUCUCGGAAAAUUAGUUGAAUCAUUAGAUAAAUGGAUUAUUAUUGAUGAAGUUAUUCCAUUACUUCAAUCAAUUCCAUCACGUGAACCAGCUGUUCUCAUGGCAAUAUUAGGUAUUAUUAAAGUAGCAAUGUCAUCAACGAAAUCCGGUGGUUUACCUCGCGAAAUACUUGCGACAAAAGUAAUACCAUUUUUAGUACCAAUUUCAAUUGAAACAAGUCUCAAUCUUAAUCAAUUCAAUGUUUAUAUGGCAACAAUUAAAGAUAUGUUACAAACAGUUGAAAUUGAACAACGUAAAAAACUUGAACAACUUUCUCAACAAGCUGCAAAUGCACCCAUUGUACCAAUUGGUCCUUCAGCAACUGAUAUUCAAUUUGAUCAAAAAUCAUCUAUGAUUGAUCAAUUUAUGCUUGGACAAGGUUUUAAUUCCGAAGUCGUUCAAAAUAAAACUAUGGCAGCCAGUUUUGAUAGUAAUCAAUCGAAUGAUAAUGUAAAAUCACAACAAACAUCAUCAAAUCAAUCAACUUCAUCGGAUAAUUCUUUAGGAAAAAAGACAUUAACAUUCGAAGAAAAAGAACGAAUGAUGCAUGAGAAUGAUCAAACACAACGAAUGAAAUAUGACGGUGAAUAUACAUCUGAACGUAAAACACCUACAUCUACAAAUAUUCCAUUAAUGGCAAUGACACCGAUCUCAGCAACAGUACCAACAACAACAACAAGUACAUCUUCUGCAAUAUAUAAAGAUUUAACAAGUAAUUUCUUCGAACAAAAACCAUCACAACCAGUAUAUAGUAUGUCGACAUCUCAAACAAUGCCAUCAAUUAUGCGUCCAACAGUUGUUAAUUCUAUAUCUCCUUCACAACAACGACCAGCAUUAAAUACGACUGACUUAACAUCGACUCUUCUGAGUAAUAUUAAUUCUCUUGCAUCUCGUCCACAAACUAUACUACCAACAGUAGCAAUGAAUUCAAUGAGUGCAAAUAUGAUGAUGUCUCAUUUGAACUCAGGAAUAAUAAAUGGAAGUAUGGGUUUAUUCCAGUCACCACCAUCUAAUUCAAUAGUAAAUAAUAAAACAAGUUCAAAAACUGCAUCAGCUGAACUUGAUGAUCUAUUUAAUUAA